ACAGUCGAGUCUUCAACUCAGAAUGAGUCAGUGGUUUUGGUGGGUGAAGCUAAGGUUUUGGCUCCUGGGGAAGCUGAAGGCUCUUCUUCAGCGGAUUCCGUGCGCCAGAGAGAGCUUUCUUAUCCUGAGCGCGGGUCGCUCUGGCUCGACGCUGCUUAUGCAGUAUCUUCGCUGUCACCCGGAGAUCACAUGCUCUCUCACGGAGCCGCUAAAUGGUAAAACUCUCCGUUUGCAUGGUUUACCGGGCUCUAACGUCUCCCCGGCAACCCUGAUCAACUACCUAAUGGCACAGCUACUCUCCUGGCGAAGGCGCGCGGGCUGCAAGAUAUUCUGCCAACAGUUGGAAUUUUAUCGCAUUUCCUUUUCGGAUCUCUCGACCGCGCUCCGCGACCCGCCCGUCAUCGUCCUGUUCAGAGAAGACGCGCUUGCAACGUACGUUUCACUCCAACUGGCCUUCAAGACGGACGUGUGGUUCUCGCAAGACGAGAAGAGAGAAUGCACGACCAUUGAAGUUGAUCCGGAGGAUUAUCGGGGACACGCGGAGUGGCAGCGUGAGCGUUGGAGAAACACUCUUUCGGCGUUUGUUGGUCGCGCCAAUAAGAGAGUCCACUUUAUCUCCUAUGAGGAAUUGAUAACCGACAAAGAAAAGACGCUAGAAGGUGUAUUCUCCUUUCUCGGUCUGCCUCCCUGCAAGACCGUGGCCUUCUCGAAGAGACAGAACCCGUUCGGCUUGCGCGAGACGAUAUCAAACUACGAAGACAUAGGGGAGAAGCUGAACUCUUUUAGCUGUAAUGUGUUAACUAAGGAAUGGAUGAAACGCUGCAUUGAGUAA